AUGUUUGUUCCAAUUCCUGGCAUUGUUGAUUUCGCCAACUACCUUAUUACAGAUGAGUACAAUGAAAUUUUCCCAAUUGUUAACAUUGUUCUCGCUGUAUUUUUCUUCUUUUACAGAUUUAAGCGUCCAUGUCCAUAUGGCCGCUUGAGACCACAGAACAAAAAGCUUGGAGCUGAAAUUUCUCCUAAACUUGCAUUCAUGAUAUUCAAUUUAAUUCCAUUUGCUGUUACUUUAUACUUCAGAGCUUAUUAUCGUUACCUUUUCAGCGAAAUACCACUUAUCAACAUCCCCAUUAUCUUUUGGUUGACAGUUUAUCUCUUUAGAGGAACAAUUUAUGCUUUACUCCGUUCAAAAUUUUCAAAUCCAUGGCCAGUCAAAACUGUCAUCUAUUUCCUUCUUAUGAACAUCUCCAAGUCAAUUCUCUUCGUUAGGUGCAUCACAUUCCAGAAUUGGGAAUUAAAAGGAGCUUAUAAAAUUACCUUAUGCGUUCUUUGGGUUAUUGCCUUCCUAUUUGGAGCCAAGUAUGAUAUCCAGCUCACACUUAAGAGGUUUAAGAACGCAAAGGGCUACAAAUUCAUGAAAGGCGGCAUUUAUAAUUUAAUUACUUGCCCCAACUACUUCUUCGAGUUCUUGAUGAACUUAUUCCUUAUUCUCAUGAUAGAUAACGACAUCUACAGUGUUGCUGUCUUCAUUUGGAUGCUUCCAAAUGUACUUACACGCGCAGAAACUCUUCAUUACUGGUCAAAGAAGUUCCAUAAGCCAAACUACCCCAAGAAUCGUGCUUCAUUCAUACCAUUUAUUAAGUUUGAAUCUGUUUUGGAAGCUUUCCUUACUACUCUUGAAUAUGGAGGAUUUUAA